ACUAAGCAGGAAUUUUAUUCUGGUUCCAUAGACAGGUGUAGACGGUCUGACUGACGAGGACUUCUGACUGAAUUAAGUGGAACUAUAGCAAAGGGCAAUCUUAUACCAGCCAUUCGAAAGACUUGAAGAACAAAUUAAACAAAACGACAUGGCCCACGCUGAACCGAAGGGAACUAUUGAAAAGGAAAGAACUGAAAAGCAGAAUGAGGAUAAUGAGGCUCCAGUGUCAAUAAAAGACAACGAGGAGCCCAACGCUGUCACUGGUGUACGGCAAAAGAAAUCUGAAGACAAUCUCAAGAAGAAGCUUCCAGAGGAUGACACAGACCAGAAAGCUGUGGAAGAUGUUGCCGACAAAUUUGCUGGCCUCGCCGUGGAUACAGAUUCACAGUCUACUUUAAAAGCUACGCCGCCCAGUCCGGAUCCGGCACCAGCUGUCCCUCCUCAGGAUUCUGUGCCUAUUGUGCCCAAUGCAUUGGUCGUGAAUGCGCACUCCCUAUGCAGAAAGAAGUGGAUCCUACAGCGUCGUCUUGAUGAUGAUCUCAACUGGGCGCACGUCAUUCUGGUGUCCGAGACGUGGUACAAGGAUAAUCAUACUGAAAGGAACAUAACUGGGUACAAAGGUUUCUUUCAAGAUCGAGAUAACGAUGUAUCAGGGAGGGAAAGAGGAGGGGGUGUGGCGAUCUAUCUGUCAGAUGCGUGCUGUACUGAUGCAGAAUUGGUAUACGGAGUCGCCACUGAGUUUACCGAGGCGUUAGGGGUGACCUUCAUGUUCAGAGACGUGAGAUGGUUGGCGGUGUACCCCUCAGGAGUGAUGUCUGGAUAAGGGAACAAUCGGAUUGGAACAACAAUUUCAUUACGUUGGCACGACAAAGAGCUGGAAGAAUAGAUUUGAGCCAGACCAUUAUAGCCGGUGGAGACCUGAAUCACAGUAAAGUGACAUUGCUUGGUUUCACCAACUACGUAAGAACCAGAACUCUAAGACGGGAAGGGGCAGCUGACACUGAAUACAUCCUCGACCUACUCUACACCAAUAACGCCAGGGGUUGGGAUUCGGUGAACACCUUGGAAGACGAGGAGACACACGAGCAGAUCUCGGAUCAUUUCAUUGUGAGGGCUUUCUCUCAAGAUAUAUGAAAGUAAUUCCGGAAGUGGGAGGAGUUCCAGCUAACAAUUUCACGUUGUGACAACGUUUAGAUAACGUUGUGUUUAUGUUGUGGUAACGUCAGGGAUAUUACGUCCAUAUCACGUUAUUCUGUGGAUUCCCAUUGUGGGAAACCACGUUGUCACAACGACAUGGGCUAACAUUGUGUAACGUCAUAUUCACGUCGUCAUAACGUUUUAUUUUACGUUGUAAUAAUGUUGUAUUUUACGUUGUAGCAAUGUUAUAAUAUAACGUCCCUACGAAAUUAUUCUGUGGACUGCCAUGAACGUUGUCACAACGACGUGAAAUAACUGUGUAAGUAGGAUGAAAUACGUUGUGACAACAUUAACUCAUGACCAUUCCCCGCGAAAAUGGUGUAAAAACAUCCCAAAACCAUGUUCCGGAAAUGUUUUUGAAUAUGCUUUAGUCACGUGUAUGUGUUUAUUUCGAAAUACCCUUUACUAAUGUUUUGAAAAGCCCAGUUAAUAGUCAGGUCGUGUUUUGCUGACAAUGUUUAAAACAUAAAACAACACUGAGCUGUUAACCAGAUACAUUAUGACACCAUGACCCUUUAGGCUUACUGCAGGAAACAAAAUAAGAAGGACAGACAUUGUAAGGGGUUGACCAUUGAAUAUUCUGGGGAGGGUUGGGGCCUGGAAUUUAUUCAAAAACAUAUAUUGUCGCUGAAAAUUCUUCACAAAAAUGAUUAUGUUUCAGACUGGUGAAAAAAAAGUAAUUGCCUGCCAGAAAAAUGACAGUUGCAAGGUGCUUAUCUUCAGGCUCAUAGACUUAAAUACAAAUGCAUAUCUGGUUUUGAAGCUGUGACCGAAAAUUAUCUCCUCUCAACAGAAACGUUCCAGCCAACAUAAUUCACAGCCCAGGGUUUAUUUGGUGUAUUCCUCAAUGGUCCAACAUUCCUGCUUUUAUCUCCUGGAAUGCUCGUGUCCCAUUUUCACCCAUGCUGCAGCGAAAACAGCAGUUUUCCACAUUCAACAAAGUCAAACUAGAACUAUUUUUAAUAAGCAUAAAUUAAUAGCUAGUCUAUACAAAACGAUAACAUAUAUUGUAUAAUUGUCUCAAA